GGUACUCAAAGAAAACCCAAAAGUCUUCCUCCCCUUGAUCCAGAAGUUCUUUCUGUAUUUGUGCCUCCAUUUAUCAGCAGAGAUGAUAUUCAGGUGAUUAAUGCUGGUAAUAACUUGAAUAAAAGUAAACGCCGAUCUUUCCGAAAGAAAAAAGAGAGACCAAAGAUUGAAAAUGUCAAGAAUCUCAAUGGGGAGCAGAAAGCACCUGACACUGAAGAUAUUACAGUUCCAAAAGACAUUGAUCUUAUUGGUUUGCCACAACUAUGCUUCCCAGGAGGACUUUAUGCAACUUCUGAAUCUAAAGAGGACCACAUUCAUUUCCUGGUCUUCACAGACGUCUGUGGUAACAGAACAUAUGGUGUUGUUGCACAGUACUACCAGCCUAUGCAAGAUGGCUGUAUUACCUCAAAUGGGCAGGCCCAUUGGGAAUCUGCACAGACUAGGACGAUGCCUGCCUGUUUUGUACCGAUUGCUAUUUGUGUUAUAUCCAGAUAUCCGUAUUUUAAUGCCAUCAAGGAUUGUCUUUCUUGCUUACUAGUGCAACUGCGACCUUUCAAGGAUUUAGAUGUUGAGGAGCACAUAAAAGAAUUUGCAGCAAAGUUAUUUUUAAUACCCAGCCCGCCACCAGGACCACUCCAUUUGGUAUUUAAUAUGAAACCACUUCAAAUAAUCAUUCCUUCACGAGAGGAUUCGGACAGUCCGAUUAUUGACUUGGAUCUUCAUCUUCCGUUGCUGUGUUUCAAGCCAGAGCAGGUGCUGCAGAUUAUGACCUGUAUUUUGACUGAGCAGAGAAUAGUUUUCUUCUCUUCUGAUUGGGCUCUGUUGACACUCAUUGCUGAAUGCUUUAUGUUGUACCUUCAUCCUCUUCAGUGGCAACACACUUUUGUGCCUAUUCUGUCUCGUCACAUGCUGGAUUUUGUAAUGGCCCCAACAUCUUUUCUUAUGGGAUGUCAUGUUGACCAUUUUGAAGAAGUUAGCACGGAAGCUGAAGAUUUAGUUCUAAUUAAUAUAGAUAAUGGAGAUAUUACACAUUCAAAAAUGGCUGAAGAGGAACUUGAAAUUCCAGAUAUUCCAACACAAGCAGCAGAAACUUUCAUAAAAAGAGUGGAGAGUCUUCAGCUGCAUUAUGAUCUAGAGCUCUGCCAUCUCCGAGCCAGCACAGAUCUUAGUGAACUCCAAAUGCGUAGAAGGGCUUGGCAACAGAAACUGAAUACGGAAGUUCAGCAAGCGACUUUGCAGUUAAUUGUUAAUGUCUUUAGGGAGGUAAAAGACCAUCUAAAUUAUGAGCACAGAGUGUUUAACAGCGAGGAAUUUCUGAAAACAAGGGCAAUCAGAGACCAGCCAUUUUACAAAAAGGUUUUAGAGACCUACAUGUUCCACUCUUUUCUUAAAGCUCGUCUGAACAGAAGGAUGGAUGCUUUUGCUCGACUUGAGUUGAGUACCCAGUCUGAAGAGGACAGAUUAAACUUGAUGUUUCAUUCCCCGAGAAGACUGACUAUGGAGAAAAUGGCUUCUAAACAAUUCAAUCCACAAGCGUGGAUUAACAGGCGUAUGGUUAUCAGUAUGCCUAAUCUGCAAGAUAUCAAGCUGCCAGAGGGUCCUACUAGAAAUUCCUCACUUCGAAGAAUAGAAACAAGCGUAAGGGAAGCUGUGAAAAUUCCCUCCAAAUCAAUCAGUACAUUCAAAAUCCCAGAAAUUCACUUUCCUCUGAUGUUCCAGUGUGUUCACUCCUACUAUACAGACUUCUUCAACCAUCUCAGCAAAGCUAUAAAUACCUUACCACCUGAUAACUCAGCGUUGCUGGCAAGGUACUUCUACCUCCGGGGACUUAUUAGUUUGAUGCAAGGGAAACUACUAAAUGCACUUUCUGACUUUCAGAACCUAGAAAAAACAGAUUUAAGAAUUUUCCCUACUGAUCUUGUGAGAAAAAUAGUGGAAACCAUGCCUCCAUCUGACCGUUUUCAAGCAGACCGCAAACCUGAGCUGAAGAAGCUGAUAAGUCGAGUGAUAGAAAAACAAAGAGAAGUUGUGAAAAUAGAUGACCGUGUAAAAAAUUUUGAAUUGCCAAAAACACAUAUGCUACUGGAUGAUUUUGUGAAGCGAAUCCAGGAAUCUGGGAUUGUCAAAGAUAUGGACACUAUACAUCGGUUAUUUGAUGCCCUAACAGUAGGACAACAGAAACAAAUCGAUCCUGAAACAUUCAGAGAUUUCUACAACUACUGGAAAGAAACUGAAGCAGAAGCUCAAGAGGUGAAUCUGCCACCAACAGUAAUAGAGCAUCUAGAUAAAAAUGAAUGUGUCUAUAAGUUAUCCUGCUCAGUUAAAACCAACUAUGGUGUAGGAAAAAUAGCUCUGACCCAAAAGCGCUUGUUCCUUUUGACUGAAGGAGGACAUCCUGGCUAUGUCCAUAUUGCUGCUUUCAGGGACAUAGAGGACGUUAGGAGCACGACUGUAGCUUUCCUUCUUUUGAGAAUACCUACUCUGAGGAUUAAAACACUAUCUAAAAAAGAAGUCUUUGAAGCUAACCUUAAAACUGAGUGUGAUCUCUGGCACCUGAUAGUGAAAGAAAUGUGGGCUGGAAAGAAAAUGGCGGAUGAUCACAAGGAUCCUCAGUAUAUUCAGCAAGCACUGACAAAUGUUCUCCUGAUGGAUGCUGUGGUUGGUGCCCUGCAGUCCUCCAAAACCAUAUAUGCAGCUUCUAAACUGGCUUAUUUUGACAGGAUGAAAAAUGAAGUGCCUAUGAUGGUCCCCAAAACAACUUCAGAGACGUUAAAGCACAAGAUCAACCCCUCAGCUGGUGAGACAUUUCCACAGGCAAUAGAUGUCUUGCUUUAUACGCCAGGACAUCUUGACCCUUCAGAAAGACCUGGCAAUGCUCAUCCGAAGCUCUGGUGUGCUUUAAAUGAAGGGAAAGUGGUGAUCUUUGAUGCAUCUACCUGGUCUAUUCAACAACACUGUUUCAAAAUGGGACACUCUAAACUGACUUGUAUGAUCAUGGUAGAACAGAGUCAAGUGUGGAUUGGUUCUCAAGACUCCAUUAUUUAUAUAAUCAACACCCACAGUAUGUCUUGUAAUAAGCAACUAAAUGAUCAUCGUUCUGAUGUUACAGACAUCAUUGUGGAGAAAAAGAAUGGAAUACCCAGUGAAGCGUACUCCAGCAGCUUAGAUGGAACAGUGAUUGCUUGGAAUAUCAGCACUCUGAAAGUUAAUCGUGUCUUUCAGCUGCCCUGCCAAAAUCUCACUUCUAUCAAGCUUCAUAAUGACCGACUGUGGUGCUGUACUGGAAGUUGCAUACUUGUAGUGUCUACUUCUGAAUUUCGACUACAGAGGAAAAUUGAGCAUCACCUGAAGGAUGUGUGUUCCUAUUUUCUCUGCUUCCAGCUCUUUCCUGAGAUAAAUGAAGUGUGGGCAUCUUACUCAAGGAGUAGCGACCUGUAUGUUUGGAACACCAAAGACUUGACAAGUACGCCUCAAAAGAUUCAUCUUCAAGAUUGCUCUGAGAUUACUUGUAUGAUAAGAGUUAAAAAUCGG